AUGGCCAGCCUUACUUCUUUCAUCCUCAUCCAACCAUCUCAUACUUCAUUACAGAUCAUCUCAGUCGCAUCUUUCACUCUACAUACAAAACCGCUAGAGAUUGAUCCACAUGAUGAAGAUCGGGAACUUAAGAACCACCUGUUCAGGAAGUACAGUGGUUAUUUGAGUAGUCUCAAGCAAAAACUAUCCAAGAAAAAGAAGAAAGGGAAGCUACCUAAAGAUGCCCGGCAAAAGCUACUCAAUUGGUGGAAGUUACACUACAAAUGGCCAUACCCAUCAGAGAGCGAGAAGGUGGCCAUGGCUGAAUCAACAGGUUUGGACCAUAAACAAAUUAAUAACUGGUUCAUCAACCAAAGGAAACAACACUGGAAACCUUCUGAAGAUAUGCAAUUUAUGGUAAUGGAUGGACUUCAUCCUCAGAAUGCAGCUCUCUAUGUUGAAGGACACUACAUAGGUGAAGGUCAAGGUCCUUACAGACUAGGGCCAUGA